UCUCCUGCCUCAGCCUCUCUGAGUAGCUGGGACUACAGGCGCCCGCCACCACGCCCGGCUAAUUUUUUUUUUUUUUUGUAUUUUUAGUAGAGACGGGGUUUCACCAUGUUAGCCAGGAUGACGCCUGGCUAAUUUUUGUUUGUUUGUUUUUUUUUUUUUUAGUAGAGACGGGGUUUCACCAUGUUGGCCAGGCUGGUCUCGAACCCCUGACCUCAAGUGAUCCGCCCGCCUCGGCCUCCCAAAGUGUUGGGAUUACAGGCGUGAGCUACCGCGCCCGGCCUCACAUGUGAAUUUCUUUUAAAACACCACCAGCAGAACUCCACUAUUCCCAUUUUACUGAGAAAGACGCUGAGGUCCAGAGAAGGAGAAAACGUUCUCAUAAUUUACGCUGAAAGCUGCGUCCUCAAGUUCCGGUUUCUCAACUCCCAUCCAGACUCCAGCUGCUCGCGCAGUCCACAUAGGGUACCUGCCCGCCAAGCCGGCCCCACCAAGCCACAGGAAGCCGUCCGCUGAACCUGAGGCUCUUGGGUUUUCCUAUGCCCCUUGGAGGCAUCUGCGAACCUCUCGGCAUCGCUCCACCACACCUCCCACCAGCAGGUGGCACUGUUGCCAUCUCCAUAACAUAGACUGGCCCUCCUUGUGGUGCUCAUGUUUUCCUAAGUCCCCGGGCACUUCCGGCACUCGCGGAACUUUGGUGCAGCCUGGUGCGCAACGUGGGGACUCAGGCGCGCCGGGCGGCAGGAGUUGCUUGCGGCCGUGUUGGUGGUCUGAAUUGAGAGGCCGCGGCUAAGGGAAGAUGGAGACAAUACUGGAGCAGCAGCGGCGCUAUCAUGAGGAGAAGGAACGGCUCAUGGACGUCAUGGCUAAAGAGAUGCUCACUAAGAAGUCCACGCUCCGGGACCAGAUCAAUUCUGAUCACCGCACUCGGGCCAUGCAAGAUAGGUAUAUGGAGGUCAGUGGGAACCUGAGGGAUUUGUAUGAUGAUAAGGAUGGAUUACGAAAGGAGGAGCUCAAUGCCAUUUCAGGACCCAAUGAGUUUGCUGAAUUCUAUAAUAGACUCAAACAAAUAAAGGAAUUCCACCGGAAGCACCCAAAUGAGAUCUGUGUGCCAAUGUCAGUGGAAUUUGAGGAACUCCUGAAGGCUCGAGAGAACCCGAGUGAAGAGGCACAAAACUUGGUGGAGUUCACAGAUGAAGAGGGAUAUGGUCGUUAUCUCGAUCUCCAUGACUGUUACCUCAAGUACAUUAACCUGAAGGCAUCUGAGAAGCUGGAUUAUAUCACAUACCUGUCCAUCUUUGACCAAUUAUUUGACAUUCCUAAAGAAAGGAAGAAUGCAGAGUAUAAGAGAUACCUAGAGAUGCUGCUUGAGUACCUUCAGGAUUACACAGAUAGAGUGAAGCCUCUCCAAGAUCAGAAUGAACUUUUUGGGAAGAUUCAGGCUGAGUUUGAGAAGAAAUGGGAGAAUGGGACCUUUCCUGGAUGGCCGAAAGAGACAAGCAGUGCCCUGACCCAUGCUGGAGCCCAUCUUGACCUCUCUGCAUUCUCCUCCUGGGAGGAGUUGGCCUCUCUGGGUUUGGACAGAUUGAAAUCUGCUCUCUUAGCUUUAGGCUUGAAAUGUGGCGGGACCCUAGAAGAGCGAGCCCAGAGACUAUUCAGUACCAAAGGAAAGUCCCUGGAGUCACUUGAUACCUCUUUGUUCGCCAAAAAUCCCAAGUCAAAGGGCACCAAGCGAGACACUGAAAGGAACAAAGACAUUGCUUUUCUAGAAGCCCAGAUCUAUGAAUACGUAGAGAUUCUCGGGGAACAGCGACAUCUCACUCAUGAAAAUGUACAGCGCAAGCAAGCCAGGACAGGAGAAGAGCGAGAAGAAGAGGAAGAAGAGCAGAUCAGUGAGAGUGAGAGUGAAGAUGAAGAGAACGAGAUCAUUUACAAUCCCAAAAACUUGCCACUUGGCUGGGAUGGCAAACCUAUUCCCUACUGGCUUUAUAAGCUUCAUGGCCUAAAUAUCAACUACAACUGUGAGAUUUGUGGAAACUACACCUACCGAGGACCCAAAGCCUUCCAGCGACACUUUGCUGAAUGGCGUCAUGCUCAUGGCAUGAGGUGUUUGGGCAUCCCAAACACUGCUCACUUUGCUAAUGUGACACAGAUUGAAGAUGCUGUCUCCUUGUGGGCCAAACUGAAAUUGCAGAAGGCUUCAGAACGAUGGCAGCCUGACACUGAGGAAGAAUAUGAAGACUCAAGUGGGAAUGUUGUGAAUAAGAAGACAUACGAGGAUCUGAAAAGACAAGGACUGCUCUAGUGUUCAGGGAUGUAGCUUAGCUUUUGGGCUAGCCCAGGCUUCCCUGAGAUCUGCUUUUUCUAUUUCUCCCAACCAAAUCCUCUUAAAGACCCUUUGCUAUGUAGUCUCAUGGUCUAGCAUGUAUCUUGUAGAAACAAGGCAUGCUGGCAGAUUGCAGGGUUGAGAUGUGUUUUAUCUGUUUUAUAUUUUAAAAGAUUCUGCCAGAAAAUAAAACCAGACCUUGUUCUAAA